GGGUAUACAGCAUGGCCCAAACCGAGAAGAAGGGUGGGCUGCUCCGGAAAUCCUCAGCCUCCAAGAAGUCAUUGAAAGAAAAGGUUGUGUUGAUGUAUGAUGAGAUUUUCACGACAGAGGACCCCAGUAAAUGCAACCCCAGGUUUUGGGAGGAGCUAUUUCUCAUGAAGGUCAACCUGGAGUAUCUAGAAGGCAAGUUGGAGGCCCUGGAUGGAGAAGAGUUAAUGAAGAUCAAAGAGAACAUCAACUGCUUGUUUCAGCACUGCAUCCAGGCACUGGGUGAGGAGCACCCAAUCAGAGUGGUCAAUGCAUUACAGACUUUGUGUGCAUUAAUUCGGGGUGUGCAUCAGAAGAACAAAUCCACUUCUGGGUUUGACAUCAUCAACAUGCUUGUGGGUUUUGAUAAGGCAGAGCUGUGUAUGAAGAAUCUGAUGGAGAGCUUGGACUCGCUCCUCUGUGCAGAAGGUUCUGAAAGCCUCAAAAGUUUGUGUCUGAAGCUGCUUCUCUGCUUGGUGACGGUGACGGAUAACAUUAGCCAGAACACCAUCCUGGAGUAUGUGAUGAUUAACAGCAUAUUUGAAGCUAUUUUACAGAUCCUGUCCAGCCCGCUUAGUCGCAGGGAACAUGGCUAUGAUGCUGUUGUCCUUCUGGCCUUGCUGGUCAACUACAGAAAGUAUGAGUCAGUGAAUCCCUACAUUGUGAAGCUCUCCAUCGUGGAUGAUGAGGCUACACUCAAUGGAAUGGGUCUUGUAAUUGCCCAGGCUUUAUCGGAAUAUAACAGGCAAUACAAAGACAAGGAAGAGGAGCACCAGACUGGCUUUUUCUCAGCCUUAACUAAUAUGGUGGGCAGCAUGUUCAUAGCAGACGCUGAUGAGAAGAUCUCAGUCCAAACGAAUGAAGCAAUCCUCCUGGCCCUCUAUGAAGCUGUUCACUUAAACCGGAAUUUCAUCACAGUUCUGGCACAAAGCCAUCCUGAAAUGGGCCUGAUGACAACACCAACAAGCCCAAUUCCAAUGACACCUGUCACUCCGCUUGGAACCACCCCACCUUCUUCUGAUGUUAUAAGCUCUGCAGAGCUGCCUUUGGAUGCUGAUGUGCAAACCAGCAACUUGCUGAUAACCUUCUUGAAGUACAGCUCGAUUGUGAUGCAGGACACAAAAGAUGAGCACCGGCUGCACAGUGGCAAGCUGUGCCUGAUUAUCCUGACAUGCAUAGCAGAGGAUCAGUAUGCUAACGCUUUUCUUCAUGAUGACAACAUGAAUUUUCGCGUAAACCUACACAGAAUGCCAAUGAGACAUCGGAAGAAAGCAGCAGACAAGAACCUGCCCUGUCGCCCGCUGGUGUGUGCAGUGCUCGAUUUGAUGGUGGAAUUCAUUGUAACACACAUGAUGAAAGAAUUUCCUAUGGAUCUCUAUGUACGGUGCAUUCAGAUUGUGCACAAGCUGCUGUGCUACCAGAAGAAAUGCAGAGUGAGGCUUCAUUACACCUGGAGGGAGCUCUGGUCAGCUUUGAUCAACUUAUUGAAGUUCCUCAUGUCUAAUGAGACUGUGUUGCUGGCCAAGCACAACAUCUUCACCCUUGCUCUUAUGGUUGUGAACCUGUUCAACAUGUUCAUCACUUAUGGAGACACCUUUCUCCCCACUCCCAGCAGCUAUGAUGAGCUGUAUUAUGAAAUUAUUCGAAUGCAUCAGAACUUUGACAACCUUUAUUCUAUGGUUCUGAGGCUGUCUACCAAUGCUGGUCAGUGGAAAGAACCUGCAAGCAAGGUGACCCAUGCAUUAGUCAAUAUUAGGUAA